UCAUUGCCUGAUCUGUGAUCCAUCCUUCGUGUUAGGCAAAAUUUCUGAAUCGCAGUACUGGCGAAAGUAACGAUGAAUCUUGUGUCAACGAUAACCUCACCUCCUUCCUCCAAGUUUACAUUAGAUGAAUGGCAUCUCAACAAUCAGUUCAGACAGCGAUGUGCUCAGGCGCAACAGGAACGAGCAGACAGGAUUUUAAUCGAGGCAAAGCGCAUGUGCGAAUCAGUCGCGGGAAUUGUGAAGACCAACAAGGAAGAGACGGAACAUCAGCUAAGAGAAAAACUGAACGACAUUGAGUUUCGGGAGAAGGAGCUAUUGCUGAUUAGAAAAGAUAUCGCUUUGGAAAUUGACGGGCUGUUGACUUACAAGCAACGAAUCGCGAAUACUCUAACAUCCGUGAAAAGAAAUUCACUCGCAAUUUGCGAGAAAUGUCUCGCUGCCAGAGAACACAGAUUAGGUAUCGAUUUGGUUCACGACGAUGUCGAAAAAGAAUUAUUGAAGGAACGCGAAAUGAUCCAGGAGGCGGAAAAUUUGUUGGCACGCGUUUUGGAGGAAAUUUGCGAAGAAAUUCGUAAAAUGAAGGCGACACUGUACUGUAUCGACAACGACUAUGAAAAUAAAGAGUGUAAUCUACAUAUCGAUCGUCGUAACGUGGCUUUGAAGGAAACUGACUUUAAUUUGAAUACUUGUAUUCAGAGUACUUUGCAUCCCGAUACAUCGAUGACAAUGAAUGAGUGGGAACAGCAAACAGACAACAAUGUUAUUGACGCAAAUAAACAAAUGAAUGGCGCAAAACAAUUGCGUUCUUACAUCGAUAUGAUUAUUAAGCAAACUAUUGACGGCCUGAAUGGACAAAAAGAUGCCACAAACAAAGCCUUCAAGCGCCGUAUCGAGCAAACCCAAGAGGCUAAAACGAAAUUGGAACUUCAGCACUCAGAAAUAGUAAAACAAAUUGCUGCUAUGUCGGACAAUAUCACACAAAUAAAAAAUUCUAUAGCUGAUAAGGAGGGCUACAUGGCUCUAGUGAACACGAGACUAGGAUCUCGAUGUCAGCGCCCGGAGACAGAAGUUACUCGGGAUUUGGCCGAGGCUAAUCUCGUGAAGGAAAUAUAUGUCUUACGGAAAAUCGUUGCGACCUUGCAGCAAAUGCUUUGCGAGGCAGAAACAUCGCUACGUUAUUUAUUCAAGACACAGGUUCAACUUGAAGAAGAUAUUAACGUGAAGACGAAUAGUUUGCAUAUUGACGACGUUAAAUGCAUGAUUCUGCGUCAGAGCAUGGACUAUUAUGCACACUAAAAUGUCAGUAUAAAUAAUUAAAAAGUCAGUCAAAUAAUUUGUCCUAUUACACUGGAUAAAAGACAACUGAUAUGUGUUUUUUAAUAUUUGGAAGAAUGAUCCAACCUUCAUAGAAUAUAUUUCGAGAAAAAUAAAGAUGAAGAUUUAAUACAUAAUUCAAAAAAUAUAAAUAACAGUAAGAUUCUUUAUAAUCGUUCAAGAAGUCAAGUAUAAUCAAUUUUCUUCUCUUUAAUUGUAUUCACUGACAAGCUUAACCUUUAAAAAAGUGGGUAAAAAAGAGGCAAUUAGUAAAAAUGGCACAACUAGUAAAAAAUAAAACUCUUUUAAUUAAUUUUAGAUGCCCAUAAGGCAUAUUAAAUCUUUUUUGUUUUAAGUAGUUUAGAUAUAUAGAUUACCUAUUUUGUUAACAAAAAAUAAAAAAUAAAUUUUGUAGGAUCAUUUUUGCAUAACCGGCCAUGUAUAAAUAGUAUUUUUGCUUAUCUCUGUAAGUUGAAUAAAAUCAAACAGCAGUUUUAUUCAGUAGUAAUUAUGUCCAGUUACAAUUUACAUGUAAAAUUUGCAAUUUUGACAAACUAUAUUCUAUUUUUCUUAUCAAUAAUAAUUAAUCUCUUAUCAUUAAUUUCUUAUCAAUAUUCAUUAAUCUCUUAUCAACAUUCUGCAUGUAAACAGAACGCGAUAAUUUACGUAUUCACACCUACAAUCGUAGUGAAGCAAAAUAAACUAUCGUUUUUCUUUUUCUAUUAC